AGUGCUUUGCCAACGUGUCUGGACUCUGCGACGACAUACCACGUCUCUCCCCGAGUCCAGACUAAAUACUUAAACGUUUUCUGGGCAGUGGUACGGUGAACUCGCUACGCACCAGAUUCGUGGGUCUCCAGACAUUCACCUGAACCGCCGACUGAGAGAGCGAGCAGCAUGCCCUUGUUCGACCUCCUGCUGUCUUCGUUGCUAGUCAAGGCCCUAGUCACUGUGGUCUUCCUGUCGCUCUCUUCGCAAAUGUUCUUCGCAAAGAAAAAGUGGGAUCCAAAGGGGAAGCAUGUAUAUGUCACUGGUGGUAGCCAAGGUCUCGGUCUUGCACUCGCAAAAGACCUGGCCAGGAAAGGAGCCAGUGUAUCUAUCGUUGCACGCACGCAGAGCAAACUUGAUGCAGCGUUGAAGGAGCUUCGAGCCCAGGCUUUCCGCGCCUUUUCCUUCUCCCUUAACACCGCAGAUGCUUCGGCUGAAGCUCUCGAAAGCUUCCCCGAUGCCGUGUUUGCGUGUGCUGGCGCCUCUAGGCCAAUGUACCUCAUCGACAUGACUCCCGGGGACUUUGAACGAGGCAUGACAGAUGGUUUCUGGGUGCAGGCUUGGACCGCUUUUGCUGCAGCCAAGGAGAUGGCGAGACAGAACAAGAAAGGAAAGAUUAUAUUGGUGUCAUCGACACUGGGAUACAUGUCCUUUCGUCUUGCGGAAUCUCUCCGGUCAGAGUUGCUCUUGUACGGCAUCGAUGUCCACAUCUUCUUCCCUCCCACAAUGUAUACCCCUGGAUUCGACGAAGAGAAUAAGACUAAGCCAAGUAUCACCCGCAAGAUCGAGUCUACGGAUGAGGGAUUGACCGCAGAACAAGCCGCAGCUGGACUCCUUACCGGUGUUCAACGCGGAGACCAUCAUAUCACUGCUGACCUUAUAACGAGCUUGUUCCGCGCUUCGACAAGAGGGUCUGCCCCAAGAAGCAAUGCAUUUGUUGACACGGUACUCGACUUGGUCGCACUGGUAAGUAUCUCUUCAUAUGGUCAUGACUUGCAAGACAUCGUUGACGGGGGAAAAAGAUCGGCGUACCGAUCUGGAGAGGCUCCGUCGAUAAACAAGUUAUCGCACAUCGCGAUGAGCACAAGGUGUACUUGGAAAGCAAAGGAUUUUUCUCUGCAUCACGGUAAUCGCGCUAUAUGAACUCGUGAAUACCUAAUCGUGUUUGACUGGUUUGUACGACUUUGGAUAGGUGCUCAGUUACUAUGUGGUAG